GGUCUGGUGAGAUGGCGCUCUUUUCUUCUUUCUCAGUCUAGGGUUUUAGGGAGAACGAUGAUUCCGAUUCCGGCCACUUUAAUAUGAGGUGGAUCAAGUUUCGGGUUUUCGAGCCUUGUCGUGUGUAAUUCUUGACAAUGGCGUUCUCAUUCACUCCGCAGCAGCAGCCGCAGCAAUCGCUGUUCCAGUCUCCAUUUCAACAAUCUUCUCCGUUUCAACAGUCUUCUCCAUUUCAGCAGCAGCAGCAGCAGCAGCAGCAGUCUCCUUUCAAUCUACAAUUUCAGCAGCAACAGCAACAGCAGCAGCAGCAGCAACAACAACAACAGCAGGCGCAGCCCCAGUCUCAGCUCUUUCUUUUCACUAAUGAUAAAGCCCCCGCUAGUUAUAAUACUAAAUGGGCGGACCUUCAUCCCGACUCGCAGAAAGUCCUACUCCAAAUUGAGGAGAAAAUAUUGGAAUACAGAGAUGAGAGCCAGAGAUUGGAUCAAUGUAGCAGGCUAUAUGACUCCUCGGUUUCCAAUAAUGGAUUCGAGCUUGAUGCUAGCUAUCUUGUUCAGGAACUUGGUGGUAUUAGUAUAUCCAUGGAAAGACAGAAGACAACACUACAAGAGCUAAUGGCUUCUGUUAAAGAUAUGCUCCGAAAUGCUGAAGUGGCUGUUCGAUCUUUUAUGAUGGUACGGCCAAGGUUUCUUCACCAAAAUAAAGCUACUGCAGCUAGCACCAGUGCACCUCAACCAUCCACUACAAACCAAGCGUCACACAAUCAAGCAGCAACAACCUCUAUGGUGCCGAUAAUUGAUUUUUACAGUGGACUACCAAAGAAGCCAUCUCCCUUUUUGCAGCAAACUGUUGCUAGAUUUGAGAAAUAUAUCUCUGAAUGCCAUCAGUGGGUUGAAGAGCUGGAGCAGUUGUUACUUUUAGAUGCUGAAAAGAGCUCUGUUAAUUCAAGUUCUUCACUUUUACAGUCCCUGCCUAAGACCAUGAGCAAUUUACAUGACUUCUUUGUGCAUGUUGCAGCAAAGGUGGAAAGUAUUCAUCAAUAUAUUGAAUCCAUGAAGGCGGCAUAUCUUGCAGACCAACGUCGCCGUGGUGAUGGGAAUGAUCCGUUUCUUGAGGCUGAUAGACGGGAAACAGCCAAGCAGGAGGCUGCAGCUCGAAGGGUUCACCCAACACAACAUUUACCUGCUAGUUCACUACCAACUGGUCAAUCUACUGGAGCGGUCGGCAUCUCAGCAGCAGCUGGAGCAACAACUAAUAUGCCUGCAACAGUACCAGCAGCUUCAAGUGGAAGUGGAUCGUCGCUCUUUUCUACACCUGCUGCUGCUACCUCAACUCCUUCCCUGUUCUCAGCUCCCACCACUUCUGUUCCAAUCCCAUCAUUGUUUGGAACUGCUUCUUCAACACGGCCAUCACCUUUUAGUUCCUUGCCAGCUUCAACAUCAGCUUUUGGUGCGUCUACUCCUUUGUUUAGUUCAACCCCGGCUUCUGGAGUUUCAAGCUUUUCAACUCCUUUUGCUACAGGAGCUGCAACCGGAUCUGGGGCGAGCUUUGGAACUGUAGCGAAAGCAAGAGUGAAAACUCGCACUGGGCGUCGCUAAGUCCGCAAGAAGAUGAUGCUGCAGUUACCAUCUGAUUUAGCUUGUUUGUCGUCUACCCACAUGUAGCAAUGUCGUCUUUCAAUGAAUGAUUUUGUUGCAGCUGAAGUCGAGCCAAAUGGCAUUCCCGGAAACAGUUUCAUCUCGGGACUUCAGACAGCCAUAUUCCAGGAUUAGUAACCUUUACAGCUUAGCUCUCUUCCUUCCCCAUCUUACAUUGUUCAACCUUGUGGUUGGCAAGUAUAUUCAUAUGGUGAUGUUGUCCAGUUGCCAGGAAUUGUGUUCUUGUCUUAAAGAUUUAGUUACUCAGCUCA